UUUACGUUCAAGGUGGCGAGGUUCUACUGCAAUGCCACGGGGAAUUUGCACGGCGGGGCGUCGUCCAUGAUUUUCGAUCUUUGCACCAGCUUGCCGGUGAUGGCCUUGGGAAAGAAGGAUUUCUGGCUCAAUGCCGGAGUGAGUCGAACACUGAUUGUCAAUUAUCUCCGCCCGGCGCCAGAGGGAAUGGAACUGGAACUCGAGGCAGAAGUCAUUUCACUGGGAAAGAAUCUUGCGUACACGCGUGGGUUGCUGAAACGUGCGGAGGAUGGGGUGAUUGUAGCGACCUGCGAGCAUACCAAAGCGGCGGUG